AUGGAUUUUUCCAGCGUGGCUACCAUGCAAAAUAAAGUCAUUGCUCACCUCAGGGUCUACGGCCCAGAAGACCGGAGCUUGGCGGGCACCACCAAUAACACCACCCUGCCAUGGACCGGCUCGGUCACCACCGGGACCCUGGUGGAUGCACGAGCCAACUCCCAUUGGCACCUCCGGGGAGCCAGGCCUGAAAUAUCGGCACACUCCACCUCCUGCCAUCGCUCCACAGAGCUGCGGUGCUCCACCGAGGAGGACACAACAGCAACUUGGGCGACAUCAAUGCCCAUCAGGUCGAGGGAGCCCUGGACAGUGGAAAGCAAGUGGUGCCGCUGCUCACUUUCCUCCUGCUCCACCUCAGGACUUGCCGCUGGAGAACAGAUUUGAUAUCCUGAGCCUGCAUGACUUUCCUCCCAUGGGUGCCUGGUCCCCUUCCGUCCAUCCAGCUGGACGUGGCGCUCACCAGCCCGGGGGCCGGGCCCUGCACCCACCAGACCAGCCUGACCUCUCUCCAACAUCCCAGUCAGCUAUGGCCGCAGUAACUACCAGGGGGCCCAGCUCCAGACCAACCGUGGCCGCGAUCGGCGGAAAAGCCGAGCGCGACGGGCAAGCCACAGCGCCACACAAACCGCAGGCCCCAUCCUGCCACCUCCGUGGAAGAGCAGCGCCCGCUACUGCAGCUCCCCGCCACCCCCGUACCACCAGCCAACAGGUAACAUGCUUCCAGGACCGACGUGCCCCCUCCGCGCUGGUGGUCGGGACCUCCAUGGUCCGACACGUGAAGGUGCAUGGCGGCCGGACAUUCUGCCUCCCGGUGUUAGGGAGGUGGAGUCCUCCGCCCUGCAGCUUAGCAAGGAACAUGGCUCGGCCACCACGCUGGUGCUGCAGGCUGGCACCAACAACCUUAAAAAACAACAGUCUGAGGUCCUCAAACAGGAUUUUUCCUCUCUGGUGGAUCGCCUGCUGCACACCGGCAAGCACGUGGUAAUCUCAGGCCUGCUACCAUCACCUCGUCACAGGGACGUAAGUAGCAGCCGUAUUCGUCAGCUGCACCUGUGGCUGAAGGGCUACUGCCUCGGGAGGAGCAUCCCAUUUGUGGACAAUUUUACACCGUUUUUUAACAGACUGUACCUCUUUAAGGGAGAUGGUCUGUACCCGAACUGGGAGGGAUUGCGGCUUUUAUUAGUAAAUAUGGACCUUACCCUCCACUCCUGUACCACAGCCACCUCCUGA